AUGUCCGGGGACCAGGAGCAGACCGAGGACGAGCUCCUGCAGAUGGCGAUAGCGAUGUCGCUGCAGGAAGCGGCCGCGGCGGCGGCCGCCGCGGAAGGCGGCGACGGCGCGUCCUCCCCCGCCCUUGGGGCCGAGGACGUCACGACGAAGCGGCGCCGCGUCGCGGACGACGACGCGCCCGGAGGAGACGACGCGGCGACGACGGCGAUGGAUCUCGACGAGGAGACGGCCAGGGCGAUCGAGCUGUCGAUGCUCGAGCGACAGCCCGGGGAGGACGACGCGGGCGCGGCGGGCGCGACGGCCGGAGAGGGCGGCGGCGGCGCGGACGCGGAAGCGGCGGGGGGGGCGGCGACGAACCCGUUCGCGGCGCUGUUCGCGCCCGCGCCCGCGUCCGCGCCCGCGUCCGCACCCGCGUCCGCGCCCGCGUCCGCACCCGCGUCCGCGACGACGACGCCUCAAUCUGGGCACCCCGACCCUCCUCCUCCUCCUCAGCCGGUCAUCAGCGCCGCGGCGUUGGCGGCGGCGUUCGGAGGCGCCGCCGCCGCGGCCGCGUCCGCGUCCGCGGCGGCGCCAUCCCAACCGACGACGCGACGACCUCGCGCGGCCGCCGCGCGCGGCGGGAAGAAGAGAGCGUCCGCGGUGGCGGCGCCGCCGCCGCCGUCGGCGGAGGCGCGCGCCGCGUUGGACGAAUGGUGGCGCCGCGACGGCGAAGAAGGCGACGGCGACGCGGCGGUCGCGGUACCCGACGCGUCCACGGCGUGCGAGGUGCUCUCGCGUGUGAUGCGCGCGCCGGUCGUCGCCCCGGGCGUCGAGUCGUCGUCGUCGUCGUCGUCGUCGUCGUUUUCCGGAGCGCCGAUACAGAUCUCGUUCUCGCAGCGCGAGGGCGGCGUCCGCGUCGCGCGGAAGAUGGUCGACGCGUUGACGCGCACGCGGUUCUCGCCCUCGCGUCUCUCGUCCCCCCUCGGGGGUUCGGUUUCGAAGGCGUCGAGCAGCGCGUGCGAAGUCAUCGGCGCGUGUCAUCACGGCGCGUGCGUCGAGGCGGCGGCGGCGGCGGCGGCGGCGGCGGCGUCAGACGCCGCGGUAACUGCUGAUACCGCGGCUUUACCGACCACCACGAUGCUGCCACUCCUGACGUCGCUUCGAAAAUCGAUCGCGAAGCACCUCCUGACGCUCCUCGAGGACGACGGCGACGACUUGUACUUCGAAGGCGGGCGCAGCCGGCGGGAGUUCGCCGACGCGUGCGCGCGCGGGUUCGUCGCGCCCGCGUUGAUCGAAGACGUCCUCGAUCAAAUCGACACCCCGGCGCGAUCGAGCGCGUGGGAGGACACGAUGAGACAGGCGUUCAAAGGGAUGGGCGACGCGGCGCUGGACGACGUGGACGCGUCCGAGAGCGCCGCGCGGGCGAUCGACGCGCUCACGAGAUCCCCGCGGUGCGCGCGGGCCGUCUCGAAAGGUGCGGUGCCCGACUGCGUCCCAUACGACCCCGUUCGCGAGGUGGACGCCGAUCCUUAA